AUGCUCGUGGAAUCAGUCAGUAAAACUAUUGUUAGAUUCCAUACCCAAGCCAGUGGUCUAACCAACACACAGUUACAAGCCAGUUGUCUAACCAACACACGAUUACAAGCCAGUGGUCUAACCAACACACGGUUACAAGCCAGUGGUCUAACCAACACACAGUUACAAGCCAGUGGUCUAACCAACACACGGUUACAAGCCAGUGGUCUAACCAACACAUGGUUACAAGCCAGUGGUCUAACCAAUACACAGUUACAAGCCAGUGGUCUAACCAACACACGGUUACAAGCCAGUGGUCUAACCAAUACACGGUUUGAAGCCAGUGGUCUAACCAACGCACAGUUACAAGCCAGUGGUCUAACCAACACACGUUUACAAGCCAGUGGUCUAACCAACACACGGUUACAAGCCAGUGGUCUAACCAACACGCAGUUACAAGCCAGUGGUCUAACCAACACACGAUUACAAGCCAGUGGUCCAACCAACACACGGUUACAAGCCAGUGGUCUAACCAACACACAGUUACAAGCCAGUGGUCUAACCAACACACGGUUACAAGCCAGUGGUCUAACCAACACAUGGUUACAAGCCAGUGGUCUAACCAAUACACAGUUACAAGCCAGUGGUCUAACCAACACACGGUUACAAGCCAGUGGUCUAACCAAUACACGGUUUGAAGCCAGUGAUCUAACCAACGCACAGUUACAAGCCAGUGGUCUAACCAACACACGAUUACAAGCCAGUGGUCUAACCAACACACGGUUACAAGCCAGUGGUCUAACCAACACACAGUUACAAACCAGUGGUCUAACCAACACACGAUUACAAGCCAGUGGUCUAACCAACACACGGUUACAAGCCAGUGGUCUAACCAACACAUGGUUACAAGCCAGUGGUCUAACCAAUACACAGUUACAAGCCAGUGGUCUAACCAACACACGGUUACAAGCCAGUGGUCUAACCAAUUGA